UUUAAAUUCGGCUAAUAGCCAUCACUGGUUCGAUGGCCCUUACCUUUUCUUUUUCUUUUUUAUUAUUAUUAGUCAUUAAUGAACAACCAGCCAAGGCAGUCAAGUUCAAGGUUGAAGUGAACGAGAAAGCUGGGUUCCUGGCAUCGGGCACCAGUGGCAUGAGCAACAACAGCAGCGCCAGCAACACGAGUAGCCAUGUCUCAUCGUCGUCCGCGGUCGCCACUAUUUUGGCCACGGUAGAUCACCACCACCACGGCAACCAUAGUCAGAGCCAUCUCCCUCCAGGCGGUGUCCCUGCCACAGUUAUGUCUCAGGAGGGUAUAGUAGGACGUCGUGCUAGCGAUGGCGGUUCGAUUCUCUCAAGCGCUGCAGCGGCUAUGUCGACCAGUUUGGCCGCUGCUAGGGAUCCCUUCCUCCAUCACCAUCACCUCCAACACAGCAGCGGCGCAGGUGUCCACCAUCAUCCCCCGCACCAUCAUCCCUCCGCUGCAGCUUCCAGCCCGGUGGGACAAGGUGCAGGCGCAUAUCCACCACUGCCACAUCCUUCAACACUGCCAAGAAGGACGGUCAAGGUGACGUUGCAUCAACAACAAGGUGCGAACUCGACGCUGAAGAUAAUUUACGAGAGGCUGCAAGCCGUCUGGGACCAGCAGAUGCAGAUAUUUGAGCAACAGGCCUUAUCCUGCAAUAGUGGAUCUCCCGAAUUUAGCAUGAUUGCUUCGCCCCUGCCAAUGGCACACAAGGCACAGCGUGGCGCUGCAAUUUAGUGUCAACAGAGGAUUAGGGAAUAUAAUAAAAUAAAAAAAAUCCAUGUUGACG